CCGAGGAACCGCGGGCUCCGUUCGCUCCCACCCCACCAGCGACCUCCCGGGGCGGCGGCUGCGCCGGUUGGGGAACGGCCUGAGCCGGCGGCACUGGUCCCGCCCUUCCCCUUCCCUCCCUCCGGUUCGGCCUUCUCCGGCCCUCCGGCGCUUCCGCAGGGCAAGGCUGCCCGGGCGGCGGCCUCCUGGAGGCCCGGAGCUCCGAGCAGCGAUGUCGGAGGAAAGCAGAAGCGAUGAUUUCCCUUCCUCGCCCUCCCUGGGUAGGGAGCGAGGCCGUUUCUCGCUUCCUUCCACUUCUCGCAACGGCGCCGUCCGCGACCGUGAUUCCCGGUGCCUCCUGAGCCCCCGACCCCCAUCGGCCUCCGAGGAGGAGGAGGAGGAGGAGGAGCCGGAGACUGCGGGCGAGAAACGCGGGAGGCCGGAGACCGGCGAAGAAGCCGGCGAUGAGAGCAGCAGGAGGGUGAUCCGGAACCGGUACCGGGAGCUCAUCUACAGCGUCCAGCAAAAUCGUGAGGAUAUGCUGAGUUCAAAAAGCAACAGACUGACAGAAGCUUUGGAAGAAGCCAAUAAACUGUUUAGUGGAGUUUCCCGUGCACGAGAGGCUGCCCUGGAUGCCCAGUUCCUUGUGAUUGCAUCAAAUCUGGGAAAGGAGAAGGCCAAUGAGCUGCGCUCUGAGAUGACAGCAUUUGAUUCACUGGCAUUUGCAGAAGACUUGCUGACCUUCAUGGGUAUAAAUCGAACAGAAGAAAAUGACAGUGAUGCUGAGAGCACUUCAGGUGGCUAUUUACCAAGUAAUGCCUGGCACAAACUGGGAGAAGAAACAGAAAAGUACUUCAGAAGAGCACCUUCUUUUCACUAUAUGUUGGGAUCUUUCAAGUCUGAUCCUCCUGUACCAAGGCAACGGAUUGAGAGGCAGAAAAAAUCUGCAGGAGGAGAAGGAAAACGUGCAAUGCCUGCUCAGUUAAAAAAAAUGGAGGAGUCUCAUCAGGAAGCUACGGAAAAAGAAGUAGAGAGGAUCUUGGGACUGUUGCAAACUCAUUUUAAAAAUGAUCCUGAUACACCUAUUUCCUUCUUCGAUCUUGUGAUUGAUCCAAACUCCUUUGCACGCACAGUGGAAAACAUUUUUCAUGUGUCCUUCAUCAUAAGGGAUGGUUUUGCAAGAUUAAAGCUGGAUGGGGAUAAGCUGCCAAUAAUAGAGCCCUCAAAAGACAACGAGAGAAAGGUUGGGAACCAUAGUGCUGGAGCACGGAACCAGGUUGUCCUGUCUCUGAGCCAUCGAGAAUGGAAGGAGAUCGUGGAAAGAUAUGAAAUAACAGAACCCAUGAUUAGCCCUCCUUAUGACAAAAAGGAAGAUGAAAUGGAGAUAACUUAAUUAUUCCAUAGCCUCCUGAAGUAGAAUUUACAUGGUUAACCAUCUCUACUGUGAUAAUCUUGUUGCCAAAAUGAUCUUGGGUGAUGCAGGGAAACUGAUAAUUGUUUUUCUGUUCUUAUUGCUCUGGAAAUCAAGGUGUGAGUUUGGAAAUGCCGUGCAGGGAGGAAUUACUUCUUCCUUUGGAUUUUUAACUUAGGCAGGACAACUAUCUUAGGCGAUAACAUAAUUUAAAAAAA